AAUCAACCAGUUCAGAAGUGUUAUGAUACACGUCUGGAGUACGCGGGACUUGAACCAGAGGCAGGCACACUACCACUGAGCCGCAAUAACUGAACCCUCCAUAAUGAUAACAGACUGGCCAAGGGAUUUGGAGGCCUACACUUUCUCCAAUGAGGAAAUUCCUGCUCCACGUACAACCUAUCUUUUUCCACAUGUGAUUUUUUUCGAACCGUUAAGACCUGUUUAACCUCUGUUAUCACUGUUGUCCUUAUUAUUUCCAAUCAUAGUCGUUUUUGUAAAAAGAAAAUCGGGAAUUAUUUCAAUUUGCUGCAAAACAGACGGCCAGUUUGUGCCGUGGAACCUUUGUUUCGGCUCCGGCGCCGGGGGAUGGGUUUCCUCCGCCAUUACCGGAAGCGCGGAAUAUUCUGGACGUGGGUGAGUUACCGGAGAGCGAGCCGCCGGGACCGGGAAUAUCCGCUGACAGUUCUGGAGGCUCGCCACACUUGUUUCUGAAUGAUUUAAAAUAAUGUUUCUGUCAAGAUUGGCUCUGCGACUUGUGAAAGCACCCAGACUGCCUGUAGAUCUGCCUGUCCUUGGUUCUGCCAUUCAACAAUGCAAAGCAUUGUCAAGAAAUUGCUACACACGGCCUCAUCAGACGAAGCUGAAACCACAACGUUGGUGCACACUAGAUCAUGAGCUGGAGGAAUUCCUAAUUCCACGGAAAUUGUCUGUUAGUCCGUUAGAAAGUUGGCUAACAAUUGAAUACCAUCUACCAAGGUUGGAUCAAAACCAUGAGCAAAGUAUUGGGAUAAAUGUCCAUUCUUCUCAGCAGUAUGACUGUCCUUCAGCUGAGGAAUUUCUACCUUUUGGUGAGAAUGGAGAAGUGAUGAACUGCAAUAAAGAUGAAAUCCAGUGUAAAAAUGUACUGAAAAUUCGCAGAAGAAAAAUGAAUAGGCAUAAGUACAAAAAGUUUUUAAAACGUACAAAGUUUUUACGCAGACGAAUCAAAGAAAACCGUAGACGAAGGCGACAAAUAAAGUUUGAGAGAGAUUUGAAGCGAAUCUGGAAGAAGGCUGGACUGAAAAAACCACCAGAAGGCUGGCAGGCACCGAAGAUAUUUGUGAAACGAUACCAUGGAAAAUCUGAAUGACACUGGAAACAACAGCUGUGUUCUAUAUAAAGCGAAACAAAAUGUUUUGAAGAAUAGCUGUGUGGAGCCUUCUUUUUCAACUGUAGUCUAAUUAUUCAUAUUGCCUUUGUGUGAGGAGGAAAUGUGGCCAAAUAUGAGAGAAAAUACAUGUUUCACUAAUAAUUUUGGACAUUAAGAUCUAACUCCUGAAUUAAAUGAGGUUUUCAUCAUAUCAA